CGCCGUGCUUAACUGUCGUAAAAGGGGGCGGGACGCACCGCGUUCGAACGGUCGUAAAAUGGGCCGGACGCGCCGCACUAGGAACUGACGCAGAGGGGGCGCGCGUUGCUCUAGCCGGUGGCUGGCGGGACUCGGGCGCCAUGGAGCGCUACACGGGCGCCUUCGAGGAGGCGGUGGAUGGGGCCCGGCAGCAGGAGCGGCACUACCAGCUGCUGUCCGCGCUGCAGGGCCUAGUGAAAGAGCUGCCCAGCUCCUUCCAGCAGCGCCUGUCCUACACCACGCUCAGCGACCUGGCCCUGGCGCUUCUCGACGGCACCGUGUUCGAGAUCGUGCAAGGGCUGCUGGAAAUCCAGCACCUCACCGAGAAGAGCCUGUACAACCAGCGCCUGCGGCUGCAGAAUGAGCACCGAGUGCUCAGGCAGGCGCUGCGACAGAAGCACCAGGAAGCCCAGCAGGCCUGCCGGCCCCACAACUUGCCCGUGCUCCAGGCAGCUCAGCAGCGUGAGCUGGAGGCAGUGGAGCACCGGAUCCGGGAGGAGCAGCGGGCAAUGGACCAGAAGAUUGUCCUGGAGCUGGACCGGAAGGUAGCCGACCAGCAGAGCACCCUGGAGAAGGCUGGGGUUGCUGGCUUCUAUGUGACCACCAACCCACAGGAGCUGACGCUGCAGAUGAACCUGUUGGAGCUCAUCAGGAAGCUGCAGCAGAGGGGCCGCCAGGCGGGGAAGACAGCGUUGUGACCAGGUGGGGCCUCUGCCAGUUACCUGCUGCCCGUCAUGGCUGAGAAGACAGCCCUGUUCCUGUCACCACAGGCAGCAGAAAGCUGAGUGGAACUUGUCUUUCCAACACCUGGCCACCACCUUCCCAGCUGCCUGCAGGAGGGGUCGACCCUCUGAGGAGGCCAGGUGGACCCUGGCUGCCCCCGAGUCGGGAGAGUGGGGCUGGAGGUCCUAGUACCUUCUCACUCCACUGGGCACACCCCAGCGUUUGCCAUGCCCCAUCUUCUGGUCUCAGCCCCUUCCUUGGCAGGUGCAGCCCCCUGAGUAAGUGGGAAACACUCCAAGGCCCAGGCCCUGUGAGGCCCAGAGAAAUAAAAGUACCUCAGUGUGGCCUGCA